AUGAUUAUUAUGUCAACGACGACUUUUCUCAUCAUAUUCUUCAACUCGUUUCUCCUCUUUUUACUCCAAAAGAAACGCUCAAUUGCUGAAUCAGUGAAACUGUUAAUGAUUCUCUUGUCUCUCAUUCCUCUGAAAGCAAUCUCUUCAAUGAAAACAGAUGGAGACAAAAGAUUGGCUAGAACGGCAAUAGUGACUCAUUUCGUUGAGUUGAUCACAAUGAUUAGUGGAUGUUGGAACAGUAUGAGAAACAAAUUCAACACAAUAAAUGGAGAAGACAUUUGGUCGGAAGAGUUUCACUUUGGUGCAUUUGAGGCGAACACCGUGGCCCAGAUCGUUGUCACCAUUUUCGUUCUCCACUAUCUCUGGCCGCGAGAAGGGGAGAAAACAACGACAAAAACGACGAGAACGACAACGAAC